AUGAACGGACCCGAGGCCUGGAGCUUGCCGGCGCUGCUGCCCCGCGAAGCCGACGACAGCAGGCUCAAAGGCAAAAUGAGCGAGCGGCGGUACCGGAAGACCGCGCGUCUGAUCCAGAGCCUGGGCUUCAAGAGCUUCCGGGAGCUCCACGACUGCUACCUGGCCACCGACGUCCUGGCCCUCGCGGACGUCAUUCAGGAGUACCGCAAGAAUUUCUGGCAGCACUUCCGGCUCGACCCCGUCGGCUACGUGACCCUUCCAAGCGCUUCCUGGGACGCCAUGCUCCGCGUGUGCACGACGCCUCAGACGCCUCUCUACAGGAUCACUGUCCACAAGAUCUACGACUUGAUCCGCGCCAACAUCAGGGGAGGCGUCAGCAACGCCUUCCAGCUCUCUACCAGAGCGAACACCGAUGCUCCCGGGCUGAAGCCGACCUCCUGGCUGCACCUCUUCGACGUUCGGUCGCAGUAUCCCAGCAUCAUGGCGAAGCCCCUGCCCGCGGACGGUGAGCUUCCCAAGCUGACCGACUACCUGACCGACAGCUUCGAGAAGUGCUACCUCGUGGUCGUGGACUAUGACUUCUUCCUGGGCCGCUACGAUUUCCUGGACUGGGC